GGCGCGACCCGAUCGCGCGCUCCGCCCGACGCGACGCGACCGACGCCCGCGACUACCCACCGUCACGUCGAACACACACAAUACACCGCUAAUGCGUUCUGUUUACAAUAUUACAUUAACACGUGCCCCCGGAUCUGAUGGCCGACGGUAGGGUCACGUGAACUACUUGUAUUCGCCUACAACAACACCCCAGCGAGAGGAACAACAACGUUUCUGCUAUAGCCGCGGUAAUCGCGGUGUGUCAGUGCGUACGAUUCCGCAAGAUGCGCGCGCGUAGCGGGUAACCAAUCAGCGUGGCGGGGUACGGGCGGUACGCGGGCGGCGCUGGCGCCUACCAUGCGCGAGCGCCCACCGUGCCGCUCAAUGCCAUGUCCCGGAGAUUAAGGCACCCGCUUGUCAAGCAAGAGGAUGCGGAUUCGAAAUCUGAUGGCGAGCCUAUCAAAUUGCCUGAGAACCUGGAGAGCCUGCCUCGAGCAGAACAUUUUGCUGCCCAGCGACAUCGAUGGAACACCAAUGAGGAAAUCGCAGCAAUACUCAUCAGCUUUGACAAACACAGCGACUGGCAGUCAAAAGAGGUCAAAAUACGGCCAAAAAGUGGCUCAAUGCUGCUGUACAGCCGUAAGAAGGUCCGCUACCGACGUGAUGGCUACUGUUGGAAGAAAAGAAAAGACGGGAAGACCACCAGAGAAGACCAUAUGAAGCUCAAGGUCCAGGGAACGGAGUGUAUCUACGGAUGCUAUGUCCACUCUGCCAUCUUACCCACAUUCCAUCGGAGGUGUUACUGGCUUCUACAGAAUCCAGAUAUAGUGUUAGUACACUACCUGAACGUGCCAUACCCAGAUGACAACAAACUGGCAACGGUAGCACCUAGUCUGGCCCUUUGGGCAGACAAGAAGGAGUGGACUAAGGAUGAGCUGGUCUGCCAACUGAAGCCAAUGUUGUCUUCUGUUUCAGUCUUCAGCGAAGACGAUUCUGACCACAACAAUGACUUGGAAAUUUCGGGCAAAAUGUUUCAGACCUCGGAAACCGUCGAAGUCAUCGUAACUCAGCUCAUGGAGAAGCAGAGAGCUGCCAGGGCUGCAGCUUUGGCGAGACAGCUGGAGUGCGGCUGCCCUGACUCCACCUGCAACGAUUCAAGAAACUGUGCCCACCCCAUGCGCAGAGUUCAAGCUGCAAAACCACCACCUUCAGAUCACCAAGUGUCAUCAACCACCGGCCCGUCUCCGAGACCCAUGUCUCACCCACCCAGGCAGUACACCAGAGACCAUAGACCUGCACAACAAUCAGCAUCUCCAUUACUUUUAUCUUUAGGCCAAAUUCAGGGCGGCGGUGGUCUCCUAAUUUUGAAUGGAACGAGCAACGGAACUCAACAAAAUUCUUCUUUGGUAUCUCCAUUAUCAGUGACGUCAUUCGUCUGUGAAGAACCCCGUGAUAGGUAUAGGCAGCAGUACAAACCCACUUUUGUUUUAAAACGUGAAAUUCCGGACAGUCAACCUACGGUAGUUCAAACCACUGAGACAAAGUUUGAAAUUGAGCCUAAAGAGGAAAAAAUAGAUGUUGAUGUAUUUGAAAGGAAAAUUAAAGUGGAGCCAAGAAGUAGUGUCAGUAGAAACCAGGUUAUCGCAAGUGCGCCGGCGACUCCAUCAAGAUAUCCCGAUUUAGUAGAAAGAUUAGAAAGUAAAGUUUUGACAGAAAACUGUGAUGAUACUUUAGUGCUGCUCGGUACAGACAGCAAUUUAGGUUCUAGUGGGUUCUUUGAUGAGACUCUUGAAUUAUCGCAUGAAGAUAUUCAAAAAACUUUGUCGGCUAAUAUGCCUACUUGUGAGCUGGAUAGGAACGGUGUGAGGCAUACUGAUACGGCUAAUGUGAUGGUGUCUGGUAUAGAUACAAUGGACUUUAUAGACAGUUGUGAAGUUGUGGCUUCGCCUGCUACAGGAGUUGAUGAUAAUGUGUUUGUGAAUCUGGACGCUUUUGAUAUGCUAGGAGACUUUCCGGAAUUGGAAGUGUUGGAUCCCAGUGGGAUGUCAUCGAAUCCAGUGUCCUUUUUCCUUAAUUUUCAGACUCUUUGUGACAAGUCUCCACCAGCCGAAGAUACUAGUGAGAAAAUGCAGACUGAGAGUAGUAGUGAAGGUACGCUGAAUAUAACGGAUUAUUCUCCGGAGUGGGCCUACCCUGAAGGUGGAGCGAAGGUUUUAGUUGCUGGCCCUUGGACAGACACGUCAGAUCAGUAUACUGUACUAUUUGACAACUUCCCCGUGCCAUCGAUUUUGGUCCAAAAUGGACUUUUGAGGUGUUACUGCCCAGCUCAUGAGGCAGGAUUAGCAGCGUUGCAAGUGGCUCGGGGAGGUCGCGUUGUAUCGGACACGGUAGUUUUCGAAUACAAGCCUGGCCCAGCACCUGCGCCGUCAUCUCCCGCGUCUGCACCACUGCCAUCGCUGGACUUAAGAAGGUUUUCGCUGCUGCAGCGCUUACAGCGGUUACAAGGUCGUUUGCAAAUGAAAAUUGAACCUGCUGAUGAAAACAGCCAGAUUGAAGACGUUCAGCUGUAUUCCAAUCCAAAAUUUGAAGAGCGUUUGGUUUCCUUCUGUCGGUCUUUGAGUAGUCGGUCUACUGGUACUUCAGAGGGAUUCACAACUGAACCGAAUGAGGAUGGCUCCACGAUAUUGCAUUUGGCUGCUGCACUAGGGUAUACCAAGUUGACUACAGUCCUGCUGAGGUGGAGGCAGGAUGACACCAGCUUAGCUUUGGAAAAAGAAGUCAAUUUGGGUGCAAGGGACAGUGACAACUGUACACCUUUGAUGGUGGCUAGUGCAGCCGGCCACGUGGAGACGGCCGUGGUGCUGGCGCGGUGGAGCGCGGGCACGCGGCGCGAGGCGGGCGCGCGGGCCGCCGCCGCCGCCGCGCGCCGCGCCGGCCACUCACAGCUCGCGGCCUUGCUGGACAGGAUACACCCGCCUGCUAAAGAUGGAGUCUUUCUUAGGCCACACAGUUUAUCACAAAAGAGCCGUGCUGGUAGUUUGGAGAGCAACCUGGUGAAGAGGCCGUCAAUAGACUCUGGAAUCAACAUGGCCGACGCGUUUAGAUCUAGUUCUGCUAUUGACAAAUCAGAGAGCAGUUCCUCCGCCAGAUGGGAACGAAGCAUGUCGCUACCUUUAGAUUCAGAUACAUCAGAAGAUAGUCUUGGAGAUUCCAAGAUUGGCAGACGUAUGGACCUGGCUCUCUGGGAGCAGGAUGACCGGGUGUUCACGCUGGCGGAGCAAAUCAUUGCCGCCAUGCCAGAGAGGAUAAAGAACGAAAGCACAUCUCUGCUAUCGGCGUGCGGCUUAGACAGCGGCGGAGGAAGCGGAGAAGACACACUUAUGGUGCCACUCCUGGACGAGAACACCACAUUCAACAGUGACUUCACCUUUGAGUUCUGUGACAACACUUACAGGUACUGUGGAGGUUCGACUCCUUGUUCGUCAGGUUCCGUGUCUCCUGGAUCAGCAGCGCUGUCUCCGCCUCCUCCAUCACCUCGGUCUGCGUUGUCCCACCCACCUCUAUGUACAACUCCUUCUGCUACUCUUCAAGAAUUCCUCAACGCUACCACGCACUUCUCUAAUCUUACAUUGAAUGAUCGUGAACAACGAGAACUGUACUCCGCGGCCAUUACAAUUCAGAAGGCAUAUCGCCAGUACCGUGGCAGACAGCUGCAGCGAAGAGCCGCGGCCGCCGCGAUCACCAUACAAAACUGUUACCGGAGAUACAAACAGUUUGCGUACCUGAAACAAAUGCAUGCGGCUGCGACGGUGAUACAGCGCGGGUACCGUGCCAUGCGCGCGCGCAGGAUGGCCACCACACCUAUCAAUAGGAGGACAUACUCACAGAGGCGUCAGAAUCAGGCAGCGAGGAAGAUUCAACAGUUUAUGAGGCAGUCCAAGAUCAAGUUGCAGAACGCACGAGCCGAAAGCGUGAGGGGGGUCCGGCGAUCGCCGGAUGUCCGCCAAAACUCGCUGCAGCGCAUCACCAAUACACCACCCACGCCCAAUAGGAUCGUUGACUACCUAGCCCCUGAAUCACCAAUGAACGUGGACGAAGAUCUUCUACUUGAACUUCUGUUCAAAAUCUAACAACGGCAGUUAUUCUACGGACACAAUACAUUCCCAAAACGAUGUUCAAUUCCAUUGCAAUAUCAAUGGAAGGAUUCUUUUCAUCAUAAUUUUGUUACAAGUCGAAAUAUUCUGUUCAAUUUGUAUGUUGUGAUUGUUUUACAUCGAGUACUUCUACGCGUUAACGCCGACUGCCAUUCACAUAUUCAUUGACUUUCUGACACGACGCACUUUACGAAACAGGUUUUUUAUCGGAGUUGUGAACUGAAUCAGGCCUUGUCUAUUUGAAAUGUUUUCAUUCUUUUGUAAACGUAUUACUUAAUUGUAGAAACAAAAAGUUUUGACUAAUACCUAUCACUUUCCGAUUUAGUUCUUCUUUUUAUCUUAACCACGUUAUGAUUCGGAAUUACAAUUUAUUGAUGUGAUUGAACGGAUUUUCGAUAUCGACUGUUCAUUCGUUCUCAAUCAUUUUCUUCGCAGCGCCAUCUGCGUUAUAUUAACGGAUUAUAGCAAAGCGUGUGACUCUAGGAAGUUAUUAUGUUUUUCCUUAGAAAUGACUUGUUCAGAGUUUAGAUUUCGAUUUAUUCUUUAUUUUAAACUCUUCAGGUCAUAGACAGGGUUAUAUUUAGUAUAAAUUUUAUCGUAUUUGUAUUAUAUUUUCAUAAUGUAUUUUUGAGAUAUUCGUUUAGAACAUUUAUUGGAAUCAUAUUUUUGAAAACUCUAAAUUGCAUGUAAAGUAAUUAAAACCUAGAUCACCAUACGUAUUGGCUGAACAAUAUCGUAAGAUUCGACGCAUUUCUUUCAAAAAUCUACCGAAAAUUCUUCAAAAGUUGUACGCGACAUUUCGCUUUUGACAGUUCAUGUCAAUUGCAAAAGAUUUGAUGAUGAAUUUCAAUGAUAAGUUUUAGUUUGUUUGCUUUGGACUUUAGUAGAUCGAGUCAAAACUUGAAUUCUAUUCUAUGAAUAAUUUCAGCAAUGGAGUUAGUAAAAUAUGUAGGUUAAGUACAAAUUCAAAUUAUUAAAAGCCACUGUUCUUAUAAAGUAGAUGCACUUAGCGUAUAAUACAAUAAACCCGACGAGCUGUGAGUAUUUUGAGAUUUUAUCGUAUUUAAGAGAAAUAAAAGUAAUUACGCAGUUAGUUUCGGUCGAAAGUUUAAACAAUAGGUUUCAUUCCAGCCUAAAUAGUUUUAAUUCUUUUAGUCUAUGCAGUGAAGUGAAGCCUUAGAUAUCAUCGAACAUGAUCUAUCUUCGAGACUCCCUUUAGAUUAGAUCUAACGUUGUCAAGGACCUUCGACCGUUUUAUCAAACUAUCGUUUUCUAUUAGUUAUCUUCGUCUUCUUUCCAACCUAUCUCGUUGAUUUCGUGUUCCUCCUUCCCUAGUUCCUAUUCCAAUAAGUGCGGAUCCCUAAUAUGAAUUUUCAUCAAGUACCUACAUCUAUAAUUAGUUCUUUAGAUAGUGAACUUUUGUUUUUAGAUCCUCGUUAUGCUAACGCCAUACUUACCUAGCGUUCAUGAAGAAAUAAGGUUGUGCACCACUUAAAUAUAGAAAAUAAAAACCUAAAUAUUCCCUUUUUCUGAAUUCUCUGAUAUUUUAACGUAGUAAAAAUAGUAAAGUUUUAUAGUAUAAGAAAUAAUAGAAUAAUCAUAGCUUAACCAUAAGAAGACGUGCUACAGUCGAGAUAUUUUCGAUUCGUAUUUUUAUAAAGCAAAAGUUUCGAACGAAUAAGGACGCUUUGCUUGAGCAGGGCCCUGGUACUUUGUGUUAUCUUACUUACUUCAAACAACUAUCUUGUUUAACUUUCCUCGUUACAUUCUGUUGUAUUAUUUUCACUAGAUCUAUGACUUGGUUCGUUUUAAAAAAAUUUCCUUCUCUCGACAUAAUUUUCAAACUGUUCGUACAUUCCGAUAUAUUCCUGUUUAUUUAGAUUUUGAGAGGCCCAGAGUUGAAAAAGUAGGUAAAAAAGGUUGGUGGAUUCGUAACAAAUUCAAAUAUCCGUUUAAUAUCAAGCGGUGUUUUGUUAGGAAUGUACCAACGUUUUUUCGAUUAGAAGAAAAAUAAACACGCGACGAGGAUUGAGAAAAACCGUCCAGUUGUGGCGGCUUUUGCACCCUCCGGUAGCGAACGGCAGAAGUCGCAAAUAUCGCGAGUUUGCACACAGCGUGACAUCGACGCGUAGCUCGCGAGCGCGGUCCGGCCGGGGGCGCACUAAUACAACACGUAUAUUUCAUAUUUUUGGAUCGCUAAUUUUAAGAUGUUAUAUUUAUAUAUGUAUAUGUAGUAAUGGCGGGUACGAUACCAGUAUUUCGAGAUGUAUUGCGCCAAAAGUUUUGAUGUAUUAAUUUUCCAUAAACGUUAUUCUAUCAUUUCUGUCUUAAUUUUCGAACAAAUAGUUCGUUUAGCUAGUGGUCAUGCGUAUACCUAUAUUUUUAGAUAGCGUGCACGAUUGCUUCUGGAGCGCUGAUAAUGUUAUUAAAAUGCGAAACGGUUGGAGAUAUGAAAAAAUAAGUAAAAAAAAAUAUUUUUCUCUGUAACGCGGAACCUCUGAAAGCAAUAAUAUUUUUGUGGUGAAAUAAACUCCGAUUUGUAAAGAAAGUGUAUUUUAAUAUCCACGCGGUCGUCACAGUACAGUUGAAAUAUAGACGCUUCUUAGUGCCACCGAAGACUGUGUCUUUUUUACUAUCUUCCAUUUUAUUUUAUUACGACGUGAAUAUUGUUUGGAAAAAUGCCAAAAAUUUACAAA